GCGGGCCCCGGAAGCGCCGCCGCUCCUUCCCGGCCGCGCCGCCAUCUUGGCUGGAGCCGUGAGGGAGCCGCGGCCGUCGCUGCCCGCCCCGCCCGCUCCGCCGCCAUCGCGGCCCGGCCGCCGCUCCCCGCCUGCCUCCCUCCCUCGGCCGCGGGCAGGAGGGGCCGCCCGGGGCCUGGCGGCCGCGGAGAGAUGAGCAGCAGCAGCAAUAAGAGGGCCCCCACCACAGCCACGCAGAGGCUGAAGCAGGAUUACCUGAGGAUCAAAAAGGAUCCAGUGCCUUACAUCUGUGCUGAGCCCCUGCCCUCCAACAUCCUGGAAUGGCACUACGUGGUUCGAGGGCCUGAGCUGACCCCAUAUGAAGGUGGAUAUUACCACGGAAAGCUAAUAUUCCCUCGAGAAUUCCCUUUCAAACCCCCCAGUAUUUAUAUGAUCACCCCCAAUGGAAGGUUCAAGUGCAACACAAGGUUGUGUCUGUCCAUCACGGAUUUCCACCCGGACACCUGGAACCCGGCGUGGUCGGUGUCCACCAUCCUGACGGGGCUGCUGAGCUUCAUGGUGGAGAAGGGGCCCACCCUGGGCAGCAUCGAGACCUCCGAGUUCACCAAAAGGCAGCUGGCUGCACAGAGCUUAGCAUUUAAUUUAAAAGACAAAGUCUUCUGUGAGCUCUUCCCUGAAGUGGUGGAGGAAAUGAAGCAAAAGCAGAAAGCACAAGACGAGCUGAGCUCCAGACCCCCCUCCCUGCCCCUCCCCGACGUGGUGCCGGACGGGGACGCGCACUUCGGGCACAACGGGCACCCCCUGCUCCACGGGCACGUGGCCCUGGCGCCCGGGCACGCCGGGGGGCUGCAGCAGCCCCCCAGGAACCACGGACUCUUGGGGGGAGCCCUGGCGAACUUGUUUGUCAUCGUGGGCUUCGCCGCCUUCGCCUACACAGUCAAGUACGUGCUGAGGAGCAUAGCCCAGGAGUGAAAUCCUGCCAAGACCAAAUUUUAGUGGGGUUUUGGGGUGAUCGGGGCUCUUUGGGGGGAAUUUUGGGGUUUGGCCCUGCCUGGGUCAUGGUGGGGCUGGGGGAACCUUUUUGGUUUGUAGAGUUCUCCUCCAUCUGUGGUUUGAACAGUGAAGAUCUUCAGCAAAUUUUUAUUCGGUUGAGUUUUUCAUUCAGGAUGAUGGGACUCUUUGGAAUGGGACAUUUUGGAAUGGGACUCUUUGGAAUGGGACAUUUUGGGUGGAAAAUUUGGAGGUUUUGUCCUGCCUGGCUCGUGGUGGGACUUGGUGGGACACGUUGAUUUGUAGUUCUUCUCCAUCUGUGCUUUGAACAUUGAAGAUCUUCAUCAAAUUUUGACUCCGUUGAGUUUUCAGUUCAGGAUGAGUGGGACCCUUUGGAGUGGGACUGUUUGGGUGGAAAAUUUGGGAUUUUUUGCCCUUCCUGGGUCAUGUUGGAAUUUUGGGUUGGGAAGUCAAAGCAUUGUGGGGGAGCCACGUUGAUCUGUAGAGUUCUCCUUGAUCUGUGCUUUGAACAUUGAAGAUCUUCAGCAAAUUUUGACUCUGUUGAGUUUUCAAUUCAGGAUGAGUGGGACUUUUAGGAAUGGGACUGUUUGGGUGGAAAAUUUGGGAUUUUUUGCCCUUCCUGGGUUCUGGUGGGGUUUUGGGUUCAGGAGCCAAAAAAUUGUUGGUGACUCACUUCGAUUGUUGAGUUCUCCUCCAUCUGUGCUUUGAACAUUGAAGAUCUUCAGCAGAUCUUUCUUCUGUUGAGUUUUCAUUCAGGAUGGGUGGGACCCUUCGGAAUGGGACUCUUGGGGUGGAAAUUUUGGGAUUUUUUGCCCUUCCUGGGUUCUGGUGGGGUUUUGGGUUUUGCUGCUGGUGAGAAGUCAAAUCUGUUGGUUUUAUUGUCCCAAAAAUGGGGGUUUGUGUCCCAAAAAUAGGUUUCAUUGUCCCAAAUUUCAGCAUUUUGGGCUCUGGAUGGAGGGAACAGCACAAUUCCAAUUUUGGGGUGGGAAUAACAAAGGAGCUCCUGCAGAGCAGCUGGGUCAGAGGUAAAACCCCAAAUUUGGCUCCAUUUACUUCAAGUUUUGCUUCAAUUCUUUCUAAAAAACCCCAAAAUUCCUUUGGGAUUCAGGAAAUAUUUCACCCCCUUAACCCCAAAUCCCAACCCCAAAAUUCCUUUGGGAUUUUUUGAGGCAAAAUCCCAAAUUUGGUUCCAUUUACUUCAAGUUUUGCUUCGAUUCUUUUUAAAAAACCCCAAAAUUCCUUUGGAAUUCCAGAAAUAUUUUGCCCCAAAUCCCAAAAUUCUUUUGGGAUUCCUCUGCUGAACUAAAACCUGAAAUUUUAUUCAAUUCUUUAAAACCAACCCCUUUUUUUUUGUUGUUUUUCCCUAAAAAUUUGUUGCAUUUAAACCCCAAAAUUCCAAUUCUUUGGAAUUCCCUGGAUUUGGAGGAAGAUUUGUGGGAUCCCUGUGGAUUCCAGGAUUUGGGAAUUUUUAUUCCCAUUUUUUUGGGGUUGUUUGGUGUUUUCCUGGGAAUUCAGCUUUUCCUUUUCCCCCCAGAAAAAUGAAAUUUCAACCUCUCCCUCAGGAUAAAAUCUUGGAAUAAAUCCUUGAAAUCCCAGGCUGCAAUUCCAUGGAUUUAAAAGUUUGGGAAUUUCUCCACAGAUUCUUCAUUUUUAAUAAAAAAUCCUGGAUUUUUUUUUGGGGAUUUUUCCCCUUUUUCCUGAAGAUUCCAAGCUCAGAGGAGUGGAAGGGCUGCGUUGUAAAGUGAUUUAUUCAUAAUAAAAAUCCCUUAAAAAUCGA